AUGAAGCCAGUCUUCUGUGGGAACUUUGAGUAUGAUGCUCGUGAGGGUGAUCUUGAACGCCUCUUCAGGAAAUACGGCAGAGUUGAAAGGGUUGAUAUGAAAGCUGGGUUUGCUUUCGUGUACAUGGAAAAUGAAAGGGAUGCUGACGAUGCUAUCCGAGGGCUUGACCGCAUUGAAUUUGGACGUAAGGGACGCAGACUUCGUGUUGAGUGGACAAAGGGUGAACGUGGAGGUGAUAGAAGAGCCAGUGGUGGCUCAAGAAGAUCUUCAUCGAGCAUGAGACCUUCCAAGACUCUGUUUGUGAUAAACUUUGAUGCGGAUAAUACCAGGACCCGGGAUCUAGAGAGACACUUUGAGCCAUACGGCAAAAUUGUAAACGUCAGAAUCAGGAGGAACUUUGCAUUUAUCCAAUACGAGGAACAAGAGGAUGCAACGAAAGCACUGGAUGCUACAAACAACAGUAAGCUGAUGGAUAAGGUGAUAUCGGUGGAGUAUGCAAUGAAAGAUGAUGAUGCAAGAGGGAAUGGACACAGCAGUCCCGAUAGACGCCGUGAUAGGUCACCAGAAAGGAGAAGGCGAUCACCUUCUCCUUACAAAAGAGAAAGAGGGAGCCCUGACUAUGGCCGAGGGGGUAGCCCCGUUGCUGCAUACAGAAAGGAAAGGACCAGUCCUGAUUAUGGCAGAAGACGUAGCCCAAGUCCUUACAAGAGAUCAAGGCGUAUGAGUCCUGAGUAUGGUCGUGACCGACACAGAGGCAAUGAGAGCCCUCGCAGGAGGGAGAGAGUCGCAAGCCCCAACAACAAGAGAGAUAGGAUGAGCCCUGAUCACAGCCCGUUUAAGAAGGAGAGCCCGAAGAAUGGAGGUGGUGAAGUUGAUAGUCCAAGGAGGGAGAGGUCGAGGUCUAGCCCUGAAAAUGGACAAGUCGAAAGUCCUAGCUCUAUAGGGAGAAGAGACAGUGAUGAUGGUGGAGAAAGCCCGAUGCAGAAGAGCCGCUCUCGUUCGCCUCCAGCUGAAGAGUGA